CUGGAAAAAUGGUGGACGCGUUGCUGCAUGGCACGAAGCUGGUGAGCGCUAAGGGCUCGACGAUAGAUGGCGGAGACGCCGGCAAGACAGGACUUCUGGCGCUGUAUUUUGCGGCGAAUUGGUGCCCGGAUUGCCGCGCCUUCCAGUCGAAGCUCAACGAUUUCUAUGCCGAAGCGAACGCCUCGACACAGCAGCUUGACGUCGUCUUCGUGAGCUCUGACAUGUCGGAGGAAGACCAGCAGUCGCACUUCUCAACCAAGCUCGGUGACUGGUGGAUGGUUCCUCGUGACGCCGAAAUCCGCAAUGAGCUCCGCAGAAAGUACGGUGUCCUCAAUGGCAAAAACGACACUGAGGUAGGCGUCACACACAGAAACAGCGGCAUCCCAGCUCUCGUGAUCAUCCGUCCUAAUGGCGAGGUCCUGGACUUCCAGGGUGUCCAGCAAGUUGAAAACGACGGCAUCAAAGCGCUCGCUAACUGGCAAGCCAAGGCAUGGAGCACAGAGCAGUAAAGGUUCCGCAUACCACAUUGUUCGGACCUUUCAUUUGGGUUUUGAGGUGAUACUUCACAAUAAAAUAAAGAAAGAAAAAAUACCAUA